UCAGUGCUCAAGUAAAUGUCUAAAUGAGCAUGGUUGCAUCUGAUGAAAACAUCGCCAGUCUUCAUGUAUUAUUGAAAAGUUUUAAUUCAAUUGUUUAAAAACAGGUAGAUUCUACAUUUUACAUACAUUUACAGUUUUGGUGCAAUAAUUCAUCAAUCUAAAGCUAUGCAAAACACAAAAGACACUAAUGGUGUAGCUUGGGAGAGUUCAUUUAUGGUCAAACAGGAGUUUAGUGAUGAAAUCAUUACAUUUAUGGACAUUAAAUCAGAUGAAACAUCAGCUAUUUCAAGUUCAGAAGGAGUACAAACAAAUAUAUCAACACUCUUUUCAAAUUCUGAAGAUAUAAAGCAAAAUGUAUCAACACAAUUUUCAACUGUUAAAGACAAAUACUUGGAGGAAACAAUGCCAUUUUUAGCUUUAGAAGAUAAAAAUCUUGAUAAAACAAAGCCUUUGUUUAAUUUAGAAGAGAUGAAACAAGAUAACCCAACAUCAUUUUCAUCUUCUGAAGACAUGAAACCAAAUAUAUCAACAGCAUUUUCAAUUUUUGAAGAUAUAAAACCUGAGAUAUUAACAAUUUCAUCUUUGGAGAGUGAACAACAAAAUGGUUUCAAAGCGCAGCAACAACUUUUUCCCCCAUUGGAUUCAACUGAUUUUAAAGAAAAUUUAGCAGUUUUAAAAUCAGAUCUUCAAAAUGAAUUAAAAGAACUUAAGUUAUUGCAUUCAAAAUUGAAUGAUAAUCUCCCAACAGAAUAUCAGAUCAUUGAUAAGGGACUGAAGACAUACAAGUGUGAUAUGUGUUGUCAAAGAUUUUUCCAUUUUGAUCAUGUUAAACAACACAUAAACUUUCACACAAGGGUGAAUCCAUAUGGUCAUGAUUUUCAUCAGCAAGAAGUUGUUAUGAUCAGUCAGGGUGAACAGAUUAACAAAAUAAACCUAGAACAGGUAUACAAUAAGUCUAGUUUGUCUAAAAAGUUCACUUCAGAGUCUAGUUUAUCCACACACACAAAUAUUCAUUCCGGAAUUAAGCCAUAUGAAUGCUAUGUUUGUCAUAAAAAGUUUGCUAAGAAGAGUAAUUUAUCUAGACAUAAAAUAACUAUUCAUUCUAGUCACAAGCCACAUGAAUAUGAUAAAAAUAUUCAUUUACCAGAGAGACCAUAUGAAUGUGAUGUGUGUCAUAAAAAAUUUAGUCAGAAAGAUAAUUUAUCUACACAUAAAAAUAUUCAUUUACCAGAGAGACCAUAUGAAUGUGAUGUGUGUCACAAAAAAUUUAAUCAUAAAAGUAAUUUAUCUACACAUAAAAAUAUUCAUUUACCAGAGAGACCAUAUGAAUGUGAUGUGUGUCAUAAAAAAUUUAGUGAUAAACGUUAUUUAUCAGAACAUAAAAAUAUUCAUUUACCAGAGAGACCAUAUGAAUGUGAUGUGUGUCAGAAAAAAUUUAAUUGUAAACGUCAUUUAUCUACACAUUACAAGAUUCAUUCAGGAGAUAGACCUUAUGAAUGUGAUGUGUGUCAUAAAAAAUUUAAUCAUAAAGCUCAUUUAUCUAGACAUAAAAAUAUUCAUUUACCAGAGAGACCAUAUGAAUGUGAUGUGUGUCAGAAAAAAUUUAAUUGUAAAAGUAAUUUAUCUGCACAUAAAAAUAUUCAUUUACCAGAGAGACCAUAUGAAUGUGAUGUGUGUCAUAAAAAAUUUAGUGAUAAACGUUAUUUAUCACAACAUAAAAAUAUUCAUUUACCAGAGAGACCAUAUGAAUGUGAUGUGUGUCAGAAAUUUUUUUAUUGUAAACGUCAUUUAUCUACACAUAAAAAGGUUCAUUCAGGAGAUAGACCUUAUGAAUGUGAUGUGUGUCAUAAAAAAUAUAUUCAUAAAGUUCAUUUAUCUAGACAUAAAAAUAUUCAUUUACCAGAGAGACCAUAUGAAUGUGAUGUGUGUCAGAAAAAAUUUAAUUGUAAACGUCAUUUAUCUGCACAUAAAAAUAUUCAUUUACCAGAGAGACCAUAUGAAUGUGAUGUGUGUCACAAAAAAUUUAACCAUUAAUUUCAUUUAUCUAGACAUAAAAAUAUUCAUUUACCAGAGAACAUAUGAAUGUGACAUUUGUCAUAAAAAGUUUGCUCAUAAGUUUAAUUUAUCCACACACACAAAAUUUCGCUUAAUCCACCUGAAUGUGUUGUUGGUCAUUAAAUUCUUUUUCACAAGGAUCUUUAAUUAUCUAUAUAUAAAAUUAUUGCUUUUGUACUAAUACAACAUUGUGGAAGCUGAAAACACACCAUUAAUGUUUAUCAUACAUGCAAUAAUACUCUUCAUAUAGUAUUAUUUGUCAUACAAAGUAUUACUAAUGAUUGAUAUGUUAUCUUGACAUUUCAUUUUGAAGAUAAGUUAAAUGAAUGUAUUAUUUGUAACUUAUGUUUUUAAAAUGUGUGCAUAUAUGUUGUAAACUUGAAAUUCAAAAUAAAAAGAGUUAAUUAAAAAUUAUUUAAUGUGAUAAUUUUUAAAUAUUCACACAAAGGAAGAAACACUUCAUGGAAAGAAUGGAUGUCAUGAGUCUCCAUAGCACAUUUAUUAUCUUGUACUAGUUGUUAUUGCUAGCUUUUUUCAGGAUUUUUGGAAAAAAUUAUGCCUAAAUCAAAAUCCUUACCCUUUACAUUACCCAUACAUUAAUACUAACCACUAAUAAACACCAUUUUAAAUGUACA